CUCGACCAACGUAAUGCAAAUUCCAGAAUCAGUCCAAUACUCUGGGAAGACGGACGUCAGCCAGGUAUCGCAGCUCGUGAGACCGGUGUGCUUUACUCGCCCUCCUCUUCUCCUCAUUAUGCGUGGGAUUCACUUCUGGAAGCCCAAGAAGCGGCAGGGCCAAGUCGACGCUGCAGUCGAGCUUCGGCGAGGACAUAAUGAUGAAUUGGGUAUCACCCCAUGCCUUUUUGCCGAGCCUGGCCCAGAAACCGUUCAGGUUAUCUCACAGGGUGACACUUUCAACAGACUCGGCUCUGACCAUCCCAAGCAUGCGAGGCUGUAUAGCGAGUGGGCUGAACACAUUUCAUUAGUUCCUGAGAACCCAACUACCACUCUGCCCAUAUUUCGGACAGACCAGAGCGAAGUGAACGUUGCGACAAAGCUACUGGCCUCUCCGCAGAGCCAGCCAUCUACCAGGAUCUGUGACCCGGCACGAGUAACUGCACAAUCAGACAACACACGUAGCCCCAAGAUCUGUCGCUCGCUAGAGCGAAGGCGUAGGCGUGCAGCCAUCCAGGCGUUUACUUAACUGUCGGAGGCCUCACUCAUGCGGGCGGUGCCUGGAAUGACAAUGCGAAUAGCGAUAUCAGAUUAUAAUGUAGUAUUGGUUUCAGAGCAUAUCUUUCUUGAAACUACCGACAAAUGGAACUUGCUGCAAGAUCUAGAGUCGCCGUUAUCGAACUGAG